ACCAAUUCUUCCAAAGCAUCGUUGCUCUUGAAUCAUGUGGCGGUUGCGUCAUGUUCGUGUCACACCAAACAGACUCAACUCACUUUACAAUACUUCAGUAAAUAGGCCAUUUCAUGUUUCGAAUUGCCUGGCAAAGGAGGAGAAUGUUUCCAAGCCGUCGAGUAACCAGAAUAUAGGACAAGAUAAGAAAACAGAGGAUUCUAGUGACAAAAAAGAUAAAAAAACAACCCAAACAAAAGGUUUUCCUUGGGGAAAGUUGACCUUGGUUGGUUUAUUAUCGGGAGGAGUUGGAUUGGCAGCUUAUUAUGUUGGAAAUCCUGAACAAUUUCACGCAUAUUUUGACAAAUAUAAGGAUGCAGUGGAGUCUAAAGUUAGGUACUUUACCGAACCUUCUCGAAACAAACUAUUACCAGACCCUAUGCCACAAUAUGCAGGUGGGUUACCGCCACGAACUUUGGUUCUCGACUUGGAUGAGACUUUGGUUCACUCUACUUGGAGUCGAGCAACAGGUUGGAAAACAGCAAAGAGACCGGGAGUGGAUGCUUUCUUAGCUUAUAUGUCUUCCUUUUAUGAAAUAGUGGUUUAUACUUCUGCUAUGCCUGGUUAUGGAGAACCUAUUUUGGAAAAAUUGGAUCCAAACGGUUAUAUAUCUCAUCGGUUAUACAGAGACGCCACGAAAUACGAAAAAGGAGUUCAUUUAAAAGAUUUAUCAAAGUUGAAUAGAGAUCUUGCUCGGACUAUUAUAAUAGACGAUGAUGCAAAUUGUUUCCGUCUUCAACCUGAUAAUGGCAUUCGAAUUGCUCCAUUUACGGGAGAUGUGAACGAUCGAUAUUUGUUAGACUUGAUACCCUUUUUGGAGUAUAUUGUAAGAGAAGAUAUUCCUGAUGUUCGUCCUGUUAUUGGCAGUUAUAGAGGAUUAGAUAUUCCAUUGGAGUUUGCAAAGAGACAACAAUUAAGAUCUCAGGAAAAAGGACGGGAUUCGAAAACUUCAGCAAGUGCUCUUCGUGCCGUAACAGGAGGAGGAGGAGGAAUGGCUUCAUCGGAACAUGCAAUACAAGAGAAAGGUGCCGAACCUCCUCCUGGAAGUAUUUGGAAUAGAUUGCGUCAACAUAAAGGUACCACUAACUGAUGAAGGAAAUUUUUUUCCAAAGGCCACUAUCAAACUAUGCAUCUCAUGAACAUAGUGGGUACUUUAUACUCUUUCAGUGCCAUCCCUGUAUAAUGAUAAAAGUCAUUUGUCACAAUAUGUCGCAUGGCAAUUUUUGAAGAUAGCUACUAGGUACUUAGUGGAAGGACGAAAGUUUUUCUUAGAGUAAAUCCAUUUUUCUAUCCAACCUUACAAAUGAUUCCA